AUGAACAGCAGCAAAGAAAUUGUCGCUUCAUCCAAUGACAUGAUACAACAACCACCAUCAUCAUUAAAUACAUCCAUCCCACGACCGCCUUCAUCAUCAUCAUCGCCGUCGUCUUCAUCAUUCCAUCAUCAAGAGGAAACUAGUGGUUCAUUAGCAUGCUCCUCUCCAUCUGACCUCACAACCACGAUGGGAUCUGAUGCUUUGCUACAACAACUCUUACAUAACCAAAAACGACAAGCUCAAAUAGGCUCUAAAUUAUCCUUCCUUCCACUUCUCUUUGGAGUGACCUUUUGUUGGGAUCGAGGCCCACUCUUGUUUUUUGUGUGCUCUCUGGGAGAGGUUGCGUUUCAUUUCAUGUUGAAUGCUUACAUGCGAAAUCAUGUCAAAUCGGUGACGAGUUUUGUACAGCAUAAUUCAUGUCGAUUAGUAGUGAUUAUAUUGUUGCAGUGGACAUUGCAACUUUAUUAUGGACACUCGGUUCCAUUGCAUGUAUUUCAUACAUACAAGAUUUUAAUAUCAGCGAAUGUGUUUUAUUAUAAUUUAAAGAUUUUUUGUGUAAAUACGAUUGUACUAUUAGCUUCCAAUUUGGUUGGGAUGUAUGUGGCGUUCACGCAAGAACGUGACAAGAUGAGUGAAGACCAAAUACAUGCAUUUUACCAGAGAAUUGUGGAAGUAUUCAUUUUGCAAUACUCAAUGAUCGUUGGAGCGUAUUUAUUUUCUAGUUUCAUGUCAAGCACAAUGCUCGAAAGUUGCCAAAAACAAGAGGAAGUGACACGAGAACGAAUGAAAAAUAGUGAAAAAACAAAAUUUAUUGCGAAUUUGAGUCAUGAAGCGAGAAAUCCAUUGCAUUGCAUUAUGGGAAGUUUACAAGUGUUGAAUCACCAUUUUGAGGGAGAGAAAUGUGUGGAUGGGUGUAAACAUUGUUUUUUGACCAAUAGCGCCAUUCAAGAAGUUAUGGAAGAUAUUAAGGAAAAUGCAACCUUGUUAUUGCACAUUCUAUCAUCUUCUUUGCAAAUGAGUUCAUUGGAAAUGGGAAAAAUCAAAUUGAAACAUGAACCGUUUAAUUUGAAAGUUCUUUUGGAUUCAUUGAUUGGAGUUUUUUCACAAUUGGCUCAUGAGAAACACAUUUCAUUGCAUAGUUUUUUCAAUGUCUCCAAAGUUCCACAAUUAUUGAAGGGUGACUCUGUUCGAUUGAGUCAAAUCAUCAUGAAUAUUAUUUCCAAUGCCAUCAAAUACACGAAAAAGGGUUAUGUGAGAGUGAAUUGUGACUUGGCCAAUGAUGAAGAUUUGAAAAGUUUUGAUCAUGAAUUAUUGAAAGAAUCCAAUCAUGAAAACACGACGCAAAAGAAGACAUUUGUGAAACUUGAAUUUAUUGACACUGGUUGUGGUAUUCCCAAGAGCAAAUUCAACAACUGUUUCAACCCUAUCACAUCAUUGAUGAUCAGAAACAAAACGAAGAUUACUCUCUCGGAUUUGAAAAUUAUUUCAACCAUUCAGAGAAUAUGA